UGAUGUAUCGUAAAGGCUCUAAUAGCCACCUCAUCUCAGUUACAAUUUUCAUUCUUCUUUCAUUCAUUGUGAAUUUAAUAUAUUAGGAAAAUGAUAAAAGUAUUGCUUGGUUUUUUAACAAUCGUGGGUUGUUUUUGGUCACUCGAGAGUGUCAUGUUUCAUUUGACACCAAACACACAAAAGUGUCUUAAAGAAGAUAUACAGGCAAAUCAAUUGGUAAUGGGUGAAUACGAAGUCUCUGACGUUCCCGGCCAAGUUAUAGAUUAUGUUGCUCGCGAUACGAAAGGACAUAUAUUGUCCCAAAAAGAACACAUCACCAAAGGGAAAUUUAGUUUUAUGUCGGAAAUUUAUGACACGUACGAGAUUUGCUUUAUUUCCAAAGUGCCACCUCAUCAACGUGGAAUCGGUCAGGAAGUCUCUCUUGUCACAAAAAAAGGAGUUGAAACAAAGAGCUAUGAAGGAAUUGGCGAGGCUUCCAAAUUGAAGCCCUUAGAAGUUGAUCUUAAACGCCUUGAGGACCUUUCCGAUUCAAUUGUGCGAGACUUUGCGCUAAUGCGUAAGCGAGAGGAGGAAAUGCGAGAUACUAAUGAAAAAACUAAUAGCAGGGUGCUAUUCUUUAGCAUUUUUAGUAUGUGCUGUCUUCUUGGAUUGGCGACAUGGCAGGUUUUGUACCUAAGAAGAUAUUUCAAAGCCAAAAAACUUAUCGAAUAAUUUAAAUUGCUGUACGAAAAGUGUCUGUUGGGCUUCAAAAUUAAUAUCAGCCUCAUACUUAACUUUCCAACUCAAUUUACAAUAAAUUAAAAUAAAUAUUUUUUGUUUAUUGCA